ACGUCAGAGCCGCUGUGAUGUCACAAAGAAACUUAGAACUUUUAGAAUGUUGCGCGAGUAUUAAAACCGUACAGAGCUCCUCACUUCACUCAUUUAGGUUUCUCAGUUUGUUGCUGCUGAAGUCUGAUUGAUACACGACAGAAAUUUAUCAUGGGACAGAGUACUUCACGAGUACAACCGUUUACGGAGAGCGAGCAGGUCUACGACCUCCCUCACAGUAAACCCCCAAAAUCCAGCCCCGACACGGCAGAGAAGCAUCAUCCUCAUCGGCCUGAUGAGAAGACUGUUGAUGAAAAGGAGGGAACUGUGAUUCCCACCUCUCCUCUGAAAGAGGAGAAGAAGAACAAUAAAAAGAAAGUGGGCCACUUCUUUAAAUGGUUCUCUUCCCGUUUGAGGAAAAAAAUCACCAAAAGCAAGAGCUCAGGUCAGGAUGAGAUGAAAGACCAAGGUACUGAGACAGAAACAUCCGGGAGAACCGACGAUCAGAAGCCUCAACAGCCCAUCUGCAGAUCUGUAGAGGUCACUGAUCUCGAGGAACCUCACACCAGUGUUCUUCAAGUCCCUCCUGCUGCUGAGCCUCUGGUGCAGAAAGACCUCCAAACUCAAGACCACGAUGCUCCAGUCAGUGUGAGAGCAGGUGAAGUGUCUCCUCUGAUGAUAGAGUUGGACAGCAAUGAAGUGGACACGAGACCUGAAGGUGAGUUUAUUGCCACAAUCCCAAACAUAACACAUGCCCUUAUCUUUAAACCAGUACCACUAAACAUUUUUUUUUUUUUUUUUCAUCUUUUAAUUAGACAACAUUUGCUGCCGAUAUGCAAUUGGCAGCAAGCUGGGUCAAGGUGGAUUUGGCGCCGUCUAUAA